AUGGCAGUUAAGCUGGAUAUGGCCAAAGUUUUUGAUAGAGUGGAAUGGGCUUUCAUCUCGACUAUUUUAAGGAAAUUUGAUUUCCCUUCUCGAUUUAUACAUCUCAUUUCUGAUUGCAUUUCGACGGCCACCUUCCAGUUUAAUAUCAAUGGCAAAGUCUCUGGUCAUGUUUCUCCCUCUCGGGGUAUUCAUCAAGGUGACCCCCUCUCCCCUUAUCUUUUCAUGCUUUGUGCCAAGGGUUUUUCUUCAAUCCUUCAGCAACAGGAAAGAAACCGGGCUCUUAAUGGUUUCAAAGUGGCGCACAGCAUCCCGAACAUUUUCCAUCUCCUUUUUGCUGAUGACAGUCUCCUCUUCUGUCAGGCUUCCAUUAAUUCGUGCAACGUCAUUAAAGAGGCUCCCAGUCUCUAUGAAAGGGCCAUGGGGCUUCAAGUGAAUUUUCAAAAUCUUCCCUUUAUUUUUCUCCGAACGUUGCCCUUCGGGAUCAAACCCUGA